CCAAUCCUGUUAGAACUCAGCAUCCUGGCUCAUCUGAGCAGAUCCUGGAAGUGAUUUCUGCAGUUUGGGAUUUUUUUAAAAGCUAAAUUGGAAAUAUAGUCUUAUUUUUCAUUCUUUUUUUUUUGUUUAUAUAUUUUUUGUUUUCCCUGCACAAAGAAAGGAUUUCUUCACUUAUUCGUGCUAAGACCAGUUUUUAAAGCCAGCUAAGGCAUUGGMAGAUUUGAAGCCUAUAGCUCAGCUAGAGAAGAGGGUAGAGAAGAAAAGAUAAAAGGAGAGGACGCUGAAGAAUACAAGCAUCAUUUUAUUUUGCUAUGUGGUAGGAAUUGUCAAUAAGAAAAGAUAGGGUAGAAUUAUUUUUCUUGAGCAGUUGGUUUCCUUGUUUUUUUGUAUUUUUAAUUUUAGGAUUUUUUGUUUGUUUGUUUUUAACCUCCCCCACCCCUUUUCCUGAACGCUUUGUUUCAGAGGUUCAGAUUUGGGGAUUUUUGGUGAGGAGGUCUUAUUAUAUUUCCUGUGUGUGUGUGUGUGUGUGUGUGUGUGUGUGUGUGUGUGUUGUGGUCCCAGCUGAGUCAUCAUGUCUGCUCUGACUCCUCCGACCGAUAUGCCAACCCCCACCACUGACAAGAUCACACAGGCUGCCAUGGAGACCAUCUACCUUUGCAAAUUCCGAGUGUCUAUGGAUGGAGAAUGGCUCUGCCUGCGAGAGCUGGAUGACAUCUCACUUACACCUGACCCAGAACCUACCCACGAAGAUCCAAAUUAUCUCAUGGCUAAUGAACGUAUGAACCUGAUGAACAUGGCCAAGCUGAGUAUCAAGGGUUUGAUUGAAUCAGCUCUGAACCUGGGGAGGACUCUAGACUCUGAUUAUGCACCCCUGCAGCAGUUCUUCGUGGUGAUGGAACACUGUCUGAAACAUGGCUUAAAAGCCAAGAAGACGUUUCUUGGGCAAAAUAAAUCCUUCUGGGGUCCUCUAGAACUGGUAGAAAAACUUGUUCCAGAAGCCGCAGAGAUAACAGCAAGUGUUAAAGAUCUUCCAGGACUUAAGACACCAGUAGGCAGAGGAAGAGCCUGGCUUCGUUUGGCAUUAAUGCAAAAGAAACUUUCAGAAUAUAUGAAAGCCUUGAUCAAUAAGAAGGAACUUCUCAGUGAAUUCUAUGAACCAAAUGCCCUCAUGAUGGAAGAGGAAGGAGCUAUAAUUGCUGGUCUGUUGGUGGGUCUGAAUGUCAUUGAUGCAAAUUUUUGUAUGAAAGGAGAAGAUUUGGACUCUCAGGUUGGAGUUAUAGAUUUUUCAAUGUAUCUCAAGGAUGGGAACAGCAGUAAAGGUAGUGAAGGGGAUGGUCAAAUAACUGCAAUUCUGGACCAGAAGAACUAUGUAGAAGAACUCAACAGACAUCUGAAUGCUACUGUAAACAACCUUCAGGCAAAAGUAGAUGCAUUAGAAAAAUCAAACACUAAACUCACAGAGGAGCUUGCAGUCGCAAACAACAGAAUUAUUACCUUGCAAGAAGAAAUGGAAAGAGUUAAAGAAGAGAGCUCCUACAUAUUGGAAUCCAAUCGAAAGGGUCCUAAGCAAGACAGGACUGCAGAAGGACAAGCACUAAGUGAAGCAAGAAAGCAUUUAAAGGAGGAGACACAAUUACGAUUGGAUGUUGAAAAAGAGUUGGAGAUCCAGAUCAGCAUGAGACAGGAGAUGGAAUUGGCUAUGAAGAUGCUAGAGAAGGAUGUCUGUGAGAAGCAGGAUGCCCUGGUGUCUCUGCGGCAGCAGCUGGAUGAUCUCAGGGCUCUCAAGCAUGAACUUGCUUUUAAGCUGCAGAGUUCAGACUUAGGAGUAAAACAGAAAAGUGAACUAAACAGUCGCUUGGAAGAGAAGACUAAUCAGAUGGCUGCUACCAUUAAACAACUGGAACAAAGAUUGCGCCAGGCUGAGCGAGGCCGCCAGUCUGCUGAAUUGGACAACCGGCUCUUCAAACAGGACUUCGGAGACAAGAUCAACAGUCUACAGCUGGAAGUGGAGGAGCUCACCAGGCAGCGGAACCAGCUUGAGUUAGAACUAAAACAGGAAAAAGAAAGAAGGUUACACAACAGGAGCACCCCAGAAAAGAGUCAGAAGCCAGAAGCCAAGGUGGAUGGAAAGUACAAAAUUCAAGAGGAAAAUGAUAAAAUUAAAAAGUCCUUGGAAGAAAACCACAGGCUGCUGUCCCACCCUACAGAUGAACAGGAUCAGCCGCUGCUCUCUGAAAAGCCACAGAUAUGUCAGCUAUGCCAGGAUGACAGCCUAUCAAAGAAUGUAUGUAAGAACUGCAGAGGAACCUUCUGUAAUGCUUGUUCAACAAACGAACUGCCUCUUCCCUCAAGUAUCAAGCCUGAGCGAGUUUGCAAUCCCUGUCACAAGCAGCUGAUGAAGCAAUAUUCCACCAGCCCAUCAUAAGACUGGAGAAGAGACCUGAACCAAUCACUCACACAGGUGCAUUCUGUACCUGUGUUAGAUGUCAAGACCCCUAAAGCCCAAUUCUUAAAAUCAACUAAGUUGAUAGGAAUAAUUUAGGUAAACAAGGUCCAGGGAAAAAAAGGCAGUGAUUGGGUUUGCUGGAAAUUUUGCUCAAUUUCCCUAAUAUAAAUAAAAAAAAGUUACUGAGUUGAGCCUUUCUUCUGUAAAUCUAAACAACCCCAAUUUGAAGGGGUUAUUUUAUUUUGUACCUUUGGAAAGGCUAUUUUUAUAUGAGUAUGGGGUUGAUAUAAUAAGAAGGGUGCAAGCAUAUACGAAUUUAAAGAAAGGGGCUGGAGAUGUGGCUCAGUUGUAGAGUGGCUGCUUAGCAUGCACAAGACCCUUACUUUGAUUCCCCAGAACAGCAGGGUGGGAAAAAAAAAUAGAAAAGUGAUCUUCUCCCUCUAUUACAUUUGCUGUUUCAAGAAGGAAAGAUAAAUGUUAACUGAGGUCAAAAUGAUGUUACCUAUUUUCCCAGGUGCUGCUAGACAUAAACAUUGUUUCCUCUUCACUCCCACUAACUACCUCUUCUUUACAUAUCUCUACCAAACUGUGAACCCCAACUCAGGGAAAUUAGAGAGUAAUAUAAAUUCUGAAUGUACUGAAAAUAAUAUUGUGUAAUAUAUUAUAAAUUCAGGAUCAGAAUUUUCUGGUCUUGACCUACAAGUAUUUUCAUUAUUAGAACAAGAAAGAACAUUGUUGUUUUUCCACUUAAUGACUUCAAAAGUAAAUAUCUGCCUUUUUCAGAGUCCCCUACCACAAAACAAGCCAUCUCUCUCCCAGUCCCUCCUUCCUAUCCGUAUCAUAAGGGAAAUUGUAAGCAGUAUUGUAAGCAAAGCUAAGUCAAGUAUAAAGCAGGUUUAAUUUGUUGAUGGCUGAGAACAGUUAGUUCAUAUUUAUUAAAUUAUUCCUUGAAUAAGGAACUCCUUAUUCUGAACCAAGAAUCAGAACUGGCAGACUGGUUUCUUGGAAAGGGUGAUACUCAGACUUCUCUUAGUAACAGACUGGAAAAAGGCAAGUGCACUGAGCAAGGAAAGAAAUGAUUAUGUUAUAUAUGUCUAGAUUGUUUUAUUCCAAUUAAGACCUGAGAAGAAAUUAUUCUGUGGCUGGUUUAGAAUUCAGGAGUAAAAACAUCCUGGAACCAUGUUAUUUGAUAAAU